AUGCAGAGCAGCUAUGCGAUGCUCAUGCUUUAUUAUAAGUCUCGAGUCGUUGACCAGAAUAUCUAUGUGGAAGGCAGGCCCCUCAACUUUUCUGAAGAAUUAACGGAGGAGCUCCAGUAUGGUUUGGAAUGUGUGAUAUCUGCUGUUAGAAACUAUUCAAGGGCGUUUGAAGCGCUAGAUGGAAUGAGAGAGGAAAUCGAAAGCGCUUUCAUGAUGGCAUUCGCACAAGUGCAAUAA